GAACGGAACCUCCUUUUUUUUUUUCUAACGCUGCUCAGGUUCUUUUCCUUUUUGCACCAAUCCUUUCUUCUUCCCCUCCUUAAAAAAAAAACAUCCACUCCCCCUCAGCUGUCCCCACCCCAGAUUCCCGAGCAAUUUUCCCCAAUCCCAAACACUUAAUUGAGCAAUUGGGUUUCCUCACGUGUCGGCUGAUUUGUAGUUUGAACACGUGGCUCAUUCAAAAAAACCGAAUAGAAGCGGAAUUUUUUUUUUCCUCCCCUUCUUCUUCUUCGUCGCUUCUUCUUCUUAGUGUAGUCGACCCAGAGGCGGGUGCCUGCCUUUGCGUGUGUGUGUGACAUUGUCCGUCUCUUCGGAGGAAGACACAAAGUAGUUUCUCCUCCUUUUUCCCUUCCCUACCCGGCUCAUCGUCGUUUGGAAGAGCGUGCAAGAUUAAUAAUUAAGCGUUUAUUUAUUGCGCGGUGAAAGAGGCAGAGAGAGGGGCGAGGGAGCGCGAAGCCACUACGAGGCUGCCAGUUUAAAUCUAUCUGUCCACUCCGUAGUGCACGAGAGGGUAUUUCUUUUUCCUUUUUUUGUUUUGUUUUGGGGCUUCUCUAAACGCCACACAUCCGCCGUCGGAGCUGUUUGGUGGUUCUUUUUUUUGUUUUUUUGUUUUUGUUGUUGAUUGUGAACAUGAAUAAGCUAUAUAUUGGCAACGUGAGCGCCGAGGCCAGCGAGGAGGACUUCGAAACUAUCUUUGAGACGUGGAACAUUCCCCACAGUGGUCCCUUUCUGGUCAAAAGCGGCUAUGCCUUCGUGGACUGCCCCGAUGAGAAGACUGCAAUGAAGGCAAUCGAUGUUCUUUCAGGUAAAGUUGAACUCCAUGGGAAACUUCUCGAUGUGGAACACUCUGUGCCAAAACGUCAAAGGAGCUGUAAACUGCAGAUCAGGAAUAUCCCGCCUGACAUGCGGUGGGAGGUCUUGGAUGGGGUACUGGCCCAGUAUGGUGCUGUAGAAUGCUGUGAACAAGUCAACACUGACACCGAGACUGCAGUUGUCAAUGUUCGAUACGCAGCCAAGGACCAGGCCAGGCAGGCCAUUGAGAAGCUCAACGGCUCCAUGAUGGAGAACUGCGCUUUGAAGGUGUCUUACAUCCCAGACGAGACGGCCGCACCGGAGGGUCCUCCCACGGGAGGUCGGAGAGGCUUCAACGCUCGCGGGCCGCCGCGGUCGGGCUCGCCGAGUCUCGGCGCCCGGCCCAAAGUGCAGUCGGACAUCCCGCUGCGCAUGCUGGUCCCCACGCAGUUCGUCGGGGCCAUCAUCGGCAAGGAAGGCGCCACCAUCCGGAACGUCACCAAACAGACGCACUCAAAGAUUGACAUUCACAGGAAAGAGAACGCGGGUGCGGCAGAGAAGCCCAUCACCAUUCACUCCACAGCGGAAGGUUGUUCCAACGCCUGCAGAACCCUGAUGGAGAUCAUGCAGAAGGAAGCACUCGACACAAAGUUUACUGAGGAGAUCCCACUGAAGGUUCUAGUGCACAACACCUUUGUGGGAAGAUUAAUCGGGAAGGAGGGACGAAACUUGAAGAAAAUCGAGCAGGAUACGGGGACCAAAAUCACAAUCUCGCCUCUGCAGGACCUGACCCUGUACAAUCCGGAGCGGACCAUCACCGUGAAGGGCACCAUCGAGGCGUGCGCCAGAGCAGAGGAGGAAGUCAUGAAGAAGAUCAGAGAGUCGUACGAGAGUGACAUGGCCGCCAUGAACCUCCAGUCCAACCUGAUUCCGGGCUUAAACUUGAAUGCUCUGGGAUUGUUCCCCAGCGGCGCCCCUGGCAUGGGUCCAUCCAUGUCCCACAUCCCUCCUCCCGGAGCCGGCGGCUCGGCGUUUGGAUGGAGUCCUUAUGGGGGCGAGGGUCCAUUUUGGGCUUCUAUGAUGUCGGCGAGCAGCCAGCCCCUCGCCGGACACCCGGAAUCUGAGACGGUCCACCUGUUCAUCCCCGCGCUUGCCGUGGGAGCCAUCAUUGGAAAACAGGGUCAACACAUCAAGCAGCUGUCGCAUUUUGCCGGAGCCUCCAUCAAAAUCGCCCCCGCGGAAGGCAUGGAUCCCAAACAGAGGAUGGUCAUUAUUGUGGGACCGCCAGAGGCUCAGUUUAAGGCUCAGUGUCGCAUCUUUGGCAAGCUGAAGGAGGAGAACUUCUUUGGACCAAAGGAAGAGGUGAAGCUAGAGGCCCACAUCAAGGUCCCUUCCUUUGCCGCCGGACGCGUCAUCGGAAAAGGUGGAAAAACGGUAAACGAGUUACAGAACCUGACUUGCGCUGAGGUGGUGGUCCCACGGGACCAGACUCCCGACGAGAACGACCAGGUCAUCGUCAAAAUCAGCGGACACUUCUUUGCAUGUCAGCUGGCCCAAAGGAAGAUUCAGGAGAUCUUGGCUCAGGUGAGAAGACAGCAGCAGCCCAAGCCGGCGCCCGGCGCUCAGCCGCCGCUGCCCCGCAGGAAGUAACGUGCCGGCGUGCCCCGGAGGGAAAAACGGUGACUGAAGCUGCCCGAGUUGGCUGGACGGGUGCGACGGAGUCCAGGGGUUGGACGACGAGGUGUUACCAACGCUCAUCUCAGGGGUCAAAGGUUAUUUUAGAAGCCUACCAAAACAUCCAGCCCCUCCACGCCUCACUUGAACGUUCAAGUGUGGCUUAGAGAACCCCCCCCCCCCCCACUUCCUCCUCCUCCUACUCCUCUUCGCUAAACCUCCACCAACCUCACCUCUCUGCAUCACUGUAGGACUGUAUCGGAGGGCUCCCAUCGACGUCAUCUUGCCCUCGCGUGUACGUACCCCUCGACCGCUCUCCUCCCUCAAGGGCGUGUCUAUCUCUUUUUUUUUCCUCCCCCCCUCCUCCCCCAUUUUUUAUUUUUUUGCAACACGAAGAAAUGAGGAUCCCCCUCCUAUCACCUCUUUGGUGUGGUACCUCGAACCCGACAAAGAUGUUUUGGUUGACUUCAGAUUUGGUUGAUACUUUUCAGUGUUUAAUUGGUUAAUGAAGCUUUCUCAUGAGUUGAAAGGAAGAAAAAAAAAAGGCAUUGCUCUCACGGUCCUAGUGGGACCGCCAGAGGUUUAUUUUGGGGGGAGAGUUGGCUCAAAUUGGUAGGGCCGCGUUUAGGGGAAAGAUUGUUUGAGGCCAGGACCCCUGAAGGGGUGGAUUAUAAACUGGGUGUCCUGCCCGGCGAAUAAAAGUGGCAUUUUAUAAAUUCGGAUGCAUUUUAUAGAUAGUGCUAAAUAAAUAGAUGAAUAUAUAUAAAUAUAUACAUCCAAUAUAUAUAUAUAUAUCUAUAUAUAUAUUUAGAGGUGAGGGCAGCGCCGUGACUGACACUUUGGGGAAUGGUGCUGAAAUGCUGCUGCCCAGUUAAACCAAUUUAAUAUGCAUUUUACUUAACUACCUCAGGAUCUAGUACCUCAGAAGAGAAAAAAACAAAUGAUUAUAUAUAACUAUAUAAGAAAAAAAAAUGUUCCUUUCUUUUUUUUUUAUUUUGCUUUUGUGGUAUUUUGUAUACUUUAUAAAGCUGAUAGUCUUUGAACAUUUUUAUUUUUUUAAGAAAAAAAUUUAAAAUUUUGGUCGGCUGCCAACUGACCCUUGCCUUCAACUCUAGUGCUUUAUGGUGGCAUUGUACAUGUGUGUGAGUGACUAAAGAUGACCCUGUACAUAACGUCUAUUUGUACAUAGCAGCCCCAGAGCCGGAGUUGGCACGCCUCAGCUGGCGGCUGACACCAACGAGUAUCCAGAGAGAAUCGCCUCAGUUUUUUCCCCCCUGAGGGUCCAACCAUCUCUUUUUUUUGAAGAACAUUACAAAACACCAUGCCAAUCAAUGCCAACCGUACAGUACACCAUCACAGCAAUGCCGUUUAGUUUUGCGAUUGACUUUAUCGGGAAUGGUACUUUUAAUUUGUCCAUGUACUUAGAAUUCCGUUCCGUGGUCCGGGCGGGGGUUUAGAUCGAGCAGGGUGGACUCCAAACGCGCCCCAACCCGACCAGCUUAGCAAAUCAAGCCUACGUUAACGUCGAUCACUGCAUGGUGAGGGUAGGGGGAGUCGCACUGAUGGAUGCGUUUUUUUUUUUGAGUUGCUAAAACAUGAUUUGAACGUUCUGUGACCCGCAAGUGUUUUUUGUUUUCCGUGACACAGACUGACUUUUGGAGGGAUAACGAAGUACAAAAACUCGACUCGGUUAAAAAAGAAAGAAAAAAAAAAUCGAUUUUCAUUUGUGUCUUCAUGCCGAAUGUAAAUAAUGUUGAUUGUGGUAGAAGUUGAGUGUAUCCAUGCUUCCACAGUAGAACGCCGUCUACCUCAGCUAAAGGGGGCGGGGUGGGGGCGGCUGUUGUGCCAUUUAAGCGUGCUCCCCGCCCCUCCCUGCCCCCAACUGAGCGCCAGCGCGCACGUAUACCUCAGACCACCACCCUCCCCUUCCACAACACUUUUUUGUUUCCACACGGGCGCGCCAUACCUAACAUCUCGCUUAACUGAGUGGCACAAGUGAUACUUAAAAAGACCCCCCCCCCCCAAACCUCCACGCCCCCUUUUUUCUCUCCGCAGUUUGUUUUGAUCUACCUCUUUAGACAAGUAUUUGAAGUAGAGGCAUUCUAUUUGUUAGAAUUUAAUCGCUCUCCCUCCCUCGCAUAUGAAUGAAAACAUAAACUAAAAAAAAAACAUGUACUCUUUAGAAUUGAGAAAAUUUAUCGAAAGUGAUCAAAAAAAAAUAUUUUCAGUAUUUAUAUGUACUCUUUUUUUGGCUUAAUUGAACUCCUCCGACCAUCACCAUGUCUUUCUGCUUUCUCUUUUUGGUGGUGUGGCUUCCUUGUAUUUGAACUUUUUGCUUUUUUUUUUUUUUUUUUUGUGAAAAAAGGAAAGGUCAAAUCACCAGUUUUGAUUGUGCUUUCAAUAGUUGAUGAGGAAAUGCAGUUUUGCUUUUUAAAGGGCCUGCCUUUUUUUUCUUAAAUUGUAAGUCUACAAAAUAGAUACAAGUGCUGUCUUGUUUCCUUUGUCUUUCACAAAUGCUACUCAAUUGCUGAUAUUAUUAUUUUUUUUUUCUUGGUAGCCAUUUUCUUCUGUUAGCAUUUCUUGGCUGUGUAACAUUCUCUUAUGGGACUGAUUUCAGGGAUCGGGGUCCUCCCCCUCCCUCUUUUUAUUUGGGAAAGAGCUCUAACUACAGCAUGAAAAUCCCUUUUCCCACCUCCCCCCAUCUGCAAACAUGCUUGUGCCCCAUCACCUCCCACUCACACAGUUCCACUUGUCAAAUGCCUCUGAAUAAAGGACAAAAAAAA